UCACGGGCCCCACUUCAGACACCAGCACCCAUCAGAGAGCAGACCAGCGAUCAGUCUUAGGAAGCACAGAAGGCGCGUGUGCCCCUUGCGAUGUGCACCCCCACCCACCCCUGCUCCCGACUGCUCGUGCUGCUCGUUGUCCUCUCAGGAGCCUCUGAGCAGAGCGACGGGAAUGAGCGGCAGGUGCAGCAGCCGGAGGGCCCCAUGCUGGUGGCAGAAGGUGAGACUCUCCUACUGAGGUGUACAUUCGUUGGCUCCUGCCUUGAUGACAUGAUAAAAUGGGUCAAGGUGAGCAAUCAGGACCAGCAGGAAAUUUAUAACUUCAAACACGGCAUCUUCCCCGGGGUGACACCCAUGAUCCAGAGGACAUUGGAGCCACUUAAUUGCGACUAUUCCAUCUAUAUCCACAUUGUCACCAGGGAGCAUGCUGGAACCUACCACUGUGUGAGAUUUGAUGGCUUAAGUGAGCACCCAGAAAAGAAGCUGGAUGAGGGCACCUCAGUGCUCGUGAAGGGAGCUGGGGACUCAGAGCCAGACCUCUGGAUCAUCCAGCCCCAGGAACUGGUGUCGUCGACCACUGGAGACACUGUCCUCCUGAACUGCACAGUGCUUGGAAAUGGUCCCCCCGGACCCAUCAGGUGGUUUCGGGGGUCUGGUCUGAGCCGGGAGGCCAUUUACAACUUUGAAGGCCUCUCCCACCCCAACGUGACAGCGGUCCGGGCCUCCAACAGCGAUUUCAGCAUUCUUCUACACGGCGUCUCCACUGAGUAUGCAGGCACUUACUACUGCGUAAAGUUUCAGAGGAAACUCAACAGGCAAUACCUGUCUGGACAGGGCACCAGGCUGAGAGUGAAAGCAAAGCCCAGUGCUCCCCAAGAGACAGAGUUCAUCAAUGAGCGUGUAGCCAGGAUAUUUCCAUCAGGCCUCCUGUCUGUGCUCACACUUGUGGUCCUGGGGCUGAAGGCAGUGACCUUGGCUGCUUUCCUGCUGGCCCUGGCUGUCCGCCGGAGGAACCCUCGGCAAGAAGACUGCAGGACCCCAGGCCCAGCAGAGCUGUACUCAUUUUAGCAUGCGGCGUGGGGCAUGGGGCGUGGGUGAAGGGUCAGCCCCUGAGUGGGUUCUCUGAGUAGGAGAGGGGCUGGGCUCCCCAGUCAUUUCUCUGCCUCCAAUCCCAGCCUCCAGAUACCCCCAGGCCUCAUGAUGAACUCCAGGAUCCCUACGCGUGGUUUUGGUUCACCUGGUGAAAUUCCCCACUUGGCACAGCGCUCCCCUCCAAUGUGUCUCCCUUUCCUUGUCCUUCAAGGCCUUGCCUGGGUCUCUCCUCAAGGCCCUUGCUCCUGCUCCAGCCUCUUCUGGAAUGCCUGCCCCCUUUCUCCACCUCCCCACAUUUUCUUCCCCUUCAAGCUCCAACUAGAGUCCUUCCUGGAAGGUUUCCCUGAGCGUCUCUAAGCUCGCCCAGCCAGACACCCUGUGCCCCUCCAUUUGUGUCCUCUGUCCCCCUUUCCUGCUUCCCUCCUUCCCCACCGUGGCUGGCCUAGGUGUCUGUAAUAGUCAGAAUGCAGGUUUGGCAACUUGAACAAAACUUUUAAAUAACAGUGGCUUAAACCACAAGAAAAUUGAUUUCUCUAGUAAUAUCUAAGCACAAGCAGGCCAGGCAAUAUGGGGACUCCCUGGUUUUGAGACCCAGGAUUCCCAGGUCUUGGCGCUAUGAAGUCCACAUUCUAGGCCUCAAGACCAGGGAAGAAGGCAGUGAAAGGGAGCAUGACCCUCCACUUCAAGGGCACAGCUAGGAAUCACCCACAUCACCUCUAAUUGGCUGGAAUGUGGUCACAUGGUCACACCUAGCUGCAAGGAAGGCAGGGAAAUGUAGUCUUUAUUCUGACCACAAUGUGCCCAGGUGAAAUUUGUCACUAGAGAACCAGUGGGCAGAUAUGUGUAGAUAAUCAAUAAUCUCCACCUCAGGGGCAUUGAGGCAGCCUCUUACUUGCUCUGCGUGACACCAGAGUUCGAUUGCCAUCUGAAACGGCCCCUCUUUGUACCACCACCUCCACUAGGGCAGCGUAAGGGAGGGCGGUAGUUCUCAAGAAGGGGAGAUUUUGCCCCCACAGGGGACAUUUGGCAAAGUCCAGAGACAUUUUCCGUUGUCACAACUUCGGGGGUGCUAUCACCAUCUAGUGGAGAGAGGUCACAGAUGCUGCUAAACAUCAUAUGAUGCCCCCACCAACAUAGAGUUGUCUGGCCCAAAGCAUCAGCAGAAGCCCUGAUGCAGGGAAAGCACACGUUCCCCGGGGUCAGACACGCCUGACUUCUAACCCUGAAGCCCUGCCUCCCUCCCCGUGCGGCCUUAGUGACCAACCAGUCACUUCACCCCUCGGAACAUCGAUGAUGGUAACAUGGACUUCCCUGCAUUGUAUGAGAACCAAUUCAGGUCGUUUACUGAGGGCUUACUAUGUGCUGUGUGCUCUGUGUACCCUCAGAUCACGUGAACUCCCUUUCCAUGUGCACAUUUACUAGCACCUACUAUGCGGGGAAGUGGAUUCCUCUGGAUGAUUUCAUUAUAAUAAACAGAAAAACAGCUUGAACAAACCUAAGCCAAACAGGACAUUAAUUUAGGCGGAGAAGUGAAUAGAUCAUUGAAUUACCAGACAUCGGAAGAAAGGGCAGAUAUGGUAAACUCAAUAAUGUCUCCCCCGCAAAAGAUACCCACGUUCUAACCCCCAAACCUGUGAAUGUUACUUUAUACCACACAAAAGGACUUCGCAGAUGUGGCUAAGGAUCUUGAGAUGGGGAGGUUAUCCUGGGUCAUCUCCGAGGGGGGUGCUGUAAAUGCAGUCACAAGUGUCCUGAUGAGGGAGAGACAGAGGGAGAUUGACACAGAAGAGGAGACAGCAGUGUGACCUCAAAGGCAGAGAUGGGAGUGAUGCGGCCUCAAGCUGAAGGAUGCUGGCAGCCCCGAGAAGCUGGAGGCAGCAGGAACAGAGUCUCCCCAGAGCCUCUGGAGGGAGCAUGGCCGCUGACGCCUUGAUUUCAGCCCAGUGACGCUAACAUCAGGUUCUGGCCUCCAGAACUGUGACAGAAUAAAUUUCCACUGUGUUAAUCCAC